UAUAUUCCCACCAUAACAACCGCUGAAUUUUAGCGUUGCUAUGUGAAGCUUAAUCUAAAACUUGUAUACAGUUUCGAAAUAACGUUGUCUGAGGUGAUACGAUUAAACCGCUAUGUUACAAUACAAGCAACUUCUACAAUUGUGCAUAAAAGGACUCAAUUCUUUCCACAGCGAAAGUCAAAGUGUUGAGGAACAUAUUAAAGAAUUUUUGAAAUGUCAAAAAGGUUUGGAUUCCGAUGACCACUUGUUCAUUGUUGAAGUUUUUUCUGGUUGUGUUCAAUAUCAGAAGUUGUUACAAGUUGUGGUUGAUGGAUUCUUUUGUACUGAUGGUUUAACUUCUUUGAAAUCAGACACAAGCUUAUAUCAAAUAUUAUGCUACUUCCUAAUGUUCCGUUUGGAUGAAAUCCGGCCUACAAACUUCAAUAAAUUUUUAGCAACUCAACCAACAAAUAAAAUGCACAGAUUUCUCAACUUUUUCUUAAAAGAUGAAAAUUUAUUUGCAUGGAUUUAUGAUGGAUGGUGCAAGUUAUAUGAAUCUUCAUUUAUUGAUGAAAUCAUAAAAAGAAUUGUGAGAUGGAAGCCAGAACUGGAUAAUAUACUAAUAAAGUUAGAUGCAGUGGUUAACAACACAAUAAUCACAAAGAAACCUGCAAAAACUCCAACUAAACCAGUUUCCUUCAAACUGUCUCAACCAAAACCACGUUCAAUUCCACUUCCGGAACAGAUUCCGAAAUUACCUAAGCAGAAGCCUGUAUCAACAAAAGUUUUUAAAGAACCAAAAGAGAUAAAAGAAAUUGAAAUGUUGAAGCAGCAAAACAAAGUAGACGGAGAAAUGAAAUUGUUGGAAGCAAAUGAGUAUCAGUUUCAAUGUGCAAAUACUCAUAAGUCGUAUAAGACAUGUGAAAUAAUAAAGAAUAUUCGGGAUGAAGAGGAAAAAAAGCUUGAUUUCAAUAAAAGGAAUGCACAACCUGCACCCAAACAUAAGGUGAACAAACCGAUAAAGAUGAAUGCUGCUGCUAUCCUAAGAGAGGGGUCCUUGUUCCAAAAAAAAGAAAAAGCUGAACUACAAAAGUUGGAAAACUUGCUGUGUGGCGCCAAGGACGAAUCCGAUUUCGUUAACUGGCAAAAGUCUGUUCAACAAGAAGAUAAAGACAAAGAAAUAAGAGAAACAGAAUAUCGCAGAGUGUUGGGAAAACUAAGUCAUGAAGAAGCAAUUCUUGCAAGACAAAAUCAAAUUAAAGAAAAUCAAGUUAAAGUGUCUCAGCUAAAGUCCGAAUCUGCCAAAAUGAUGAAAAAUUAUUUAGUUCUUCGAUUAGAAGAAGAGAGACAUAUGAGGGCUCUGGUUGAACAAAUUAUUGAAGGACAUCACAAUGCCCAGGAUGCCAAAUGCAAACUCAAGGAGUACAAAAGAAAGAUAGUUCAGGAAGUCAACGCAGAAAGUCGAGAAAUGAUGAAAACUGCAUUGGAGGAAGCUGAGGCCGAAAUGAGGAGAAAAACUGAGCUUAUUCAACACAUUAGAGCUGCAGAAUCUGUCCCAAUAACAAGACAAAAGUUGGUGGAUCUUACUGCAACUGCCGGUCAUGCUCUCUUGUCAGAAAUGUCCAUCGCUGAACUGCAAGAACGACUAAGUUUACUGAGAGAAGCUCAGAAUGCUGAAGAAGAGAAUCGGAGAGAUAUGAUUAUUCAAUCAAAACAAGCUAAGAAUGAGAAUAUAAUGGAAACUAUUGCUCGAAUUUCUGUUCACAGAAAUGAACUGAGCAAAGCAGCAUCUAUUAGAGCUGAAGAAAAACAACUUGCCAAGAAAGAACGCGCUGAAAAAUUAAAGCAGGACAAAACUCUGCAAUAUUUAGAAACAUCUUUGCAAGAAAAAAAAGAAGAAAGAAUAAGGAGAGCAAAUGAAGCUAAGAUUAAACCUAACAAUGCGUCUGCUGUAAGGACUCGAAGUUUAAUAAGGGAAAAAAAGCAAUUAGAAAAAACGAGAUGGCGUCAGCUUGAAAUGGGUCAACAAAGGAUGGCUGAAAAAAGAACUUUCCGUGCACCAGCUAACCAGAAGAACAAUGCUGUUGUGUUGAAAACUACUAUUGCAACGAACUAAUGUUGUAUUUCUGUUGUACUUUUGCACACUGUUUAAAAGUGUUACAUGACGACGUAAUUUCAUUCUGGUAUACUAGACAGUUUUAAUAAAUUCAACUUUUAAACAUGGGAAUGUAUACACUGAAUAUAGUUGGUUUAUUAUACUAUUUAUUGUUGUUAUUUUUACUUACAAUAGCAUAUUUUACAACUUUUAGAAUUUAGGUUAACCAUCUUUUAAACGAUAGUCUGAUGGUAAGGACUAUAAUCCUUCCAUACUUACAGGCUUGUAGCCAAGGAAUUGCCAGACUUUUUGUGUAACACUUUCAUUAACAAAUUCUUGUCUUUGUUUUUGCAUCGCCAUUGUAUAGUUGCAUUCUUGGUGUGUUAGUUGUUUUUUUGUUCCAGUAAGUUCAGUUGGUUUAUUUGGUUGAUUAUUGCGAAUGCUGAAUCUUCUUAAACCAUUGCUUGUCUUCUGUUCUCCAUAAGCCAUUUUAACUUUGUUAAAACCCUGGGUAUUUAAAACUAACAAAAAUACAGUAUCAGUGGUGUACAGUACAAAUAAAAAUAGUUAAAACU